AUGACUACAGGUCCUGGCUUGACGCCUGCUGUGUGGGAUAAAAUCGACCCUGAGCUGGUAGAGGAAGCAAACCAGAGAUUGGGGAAUUGCUAUGUGAUUAAUCCCGAGAACAGUAAGGAAGAAAAUGUGAGGGACCAUCUAAACAAGGGCAUUGUACCUGAUGACAUUGAUGUUCAUUGCCUAGCAGGUCUAAUUAAGGCAUGGUUCAGAGAGCUUCCUGCAGGAGUACUUGAUGGCCUUUCCCCCAAACAAGUUCUGCAAUGUAAAACAGAGGAAGAGAGUGUGGAACUUGUGAAACUACUCCUCCCAACUCAAGUUGCACUCCUUAACUGGGCCGUUGAUCUUAUGGCAGAUGUUGUCGAAGGGGAAGAAGCUAACAAGAUGAAUGUAAGAAAUAUUGCCAUGGUCUUUGCUCCUAACAUGACUCAGAUGCUCGAUCCAUUGACAGCUUUGAUGCAUGCAAUUCAAGUAAUGAAUCUUCUCAAGACCUUAAUCUUGAAGACCCUGCGUGGCGUUACACUGCGGGAACGUAAAGAGACUGGGACAGGAGGGUCUUCACCCUUCUCUUCUACUUCAUCAGAUAUGCGAGCUGAUAAAGACUUUAAUAGCAGAUGAGGAGAAUUAGGUAAAAUCAGAUCCGUUGAAGUAACUCAUCCUAUUUUGGACCCUAACUUAGAUGAGGAGUAAUAAGUAAAAUCAGAUCCAUUGGACCUAUAUGGCCUCUAUAUGAUGGGCAUUUGUUUGUUGUAUGCAGCUCCUUUACACUUUGUAGAACACAUGUAUGCCACACCAUCUAGACUGUCCCAGUUUUUAUAAGGAUAGACAUAUUUUAGACAUUGAUAUAAUGGACCAUCCAUAGUUUCUAUCAUUAUUUUAAUGGUUCGGAUCACAACUAUGUCCAGUAGCACAGAGGAUUAACGUCUAACAGAGCAUUCUCGUUUUAUGGUUUUCUAUCAUCAUAGCAGUGCUUGUGUCAUAGUACUAAUAGACAUCAUAUUCAAUGAAGGGAAAAGACCCAAUCCACCUACAUACAUUUGGCACAUGUAUUGAUAAUCCGAGCCAUUCAUUCAUCUUAAGGUCCACCAAUGGACCAUUAACCAAACAUCAUCUUGAUCAGAUAAUCCUAGCCACUAACUACAUUUUAGUGAUUUUGUACACUACUUUUUCACAUGGUUAGAAUUGUGUGGUUAGUGUAAUUUUCAGCCUAUGAUCCAUUCACAUUUGUCCAUGAUAAACCAACGGUUCAGAUCAUCAAACACAAGCCAUAUAUGCAGUAAAAUGAAAGGAAUGGACUGGAUCUUCUUAAAAAAUCAAGCAAAAAAAUAGACCCAAAAACCAAAAUACUAAGAACCCAUUUCUCAAGACAGAAAAUUCAAAGGACCCAUCAAAUAAAUAAAUAAAAGAAGAAGAACAAGAACAAGAAGAAGAAAUCCUAUCCAUACAUUCCAAAGCAUAGAUACGAAUCAAAUGGCGGAAAAAAGAAAAAGAAAAAAAAAGAGCAAUGUACUGGUACUUUGUUGACAGCUCCAAUGGUUGAGAUGGCAACAGCUAUGGCUUCUAGAAAUCUUCCGUACACCCUUCCGUGGAUUAGGUGCUCUAGAGUAGGAUGAGUUGGACUUAAGAGAGAGAGAGAGAGAGAGAAAGAGGGGCGUGUUACGGCGAGGAGGGCACGGCCGAGAGAUCAGCGUACUUCCUCUUGCAGGCCUUCUCAGACUUUGACGUGUUGUUCUGACGAGAAG